AUGACUUUCUCAGAAAUUUUAUUACUGUUGAUUAUGGUGGCAUUAUUUGAAUAUAACUCAACGUUAUACGUCCAUAAUGGACUUGUAUACAAUGGCAAGCAAUUUAAGUCCAAAGAUUAUCCGUACGUUAUGUUUCUUCGAUUGGAAAAAACAAAUCCAUUAAGUAAAAAUCGUUGCACAGGCUCAUUGAUACAAAAAUUGUUGGUUUUGACAGCUGCCCACUGUUGUGUGGGAUACGAGCCAACUGGGAUUAAAGUAUGUCAAGGAUCAAUGUAUUUUGGAGGUAACUUUAGUCAUAAAACUACAUGGCAUAAGGUUGUCAAAAUUUACUCACAUGAAAAUUAUCUCGGUGCAGGAGCCGAAGAAAAGAAUGACCUAGAAAAAGCAUUCAAGAAUAUCAAAAAAUUUUCGAAAAUUGGUGGUUCUCCUAAUGAUUUUAAAAAUGGAAAAAAGUUGAGUUGUAAAAUAAUUGGAUUUGGUGCAGUUAACGAUGCAAACGUUGAUAGGGUUGAUGAUGGUUUGUUUGGAAGAGUCGUGACAGUUGAUGUCUUACAUGGAGAAAAAGCUUGUGUAAAAUACGAUGUGUAA